AUGGUUAACGACUUUAUCAUGACAUUAGAGGCUUCUGACUCCGAGGUAGAAGACCUCACGCCAAACCCAAUAAAAGAGCAAGAAGAAACCGAAGCCUCUCCACCUAAAAAUUCAAAAAAAGCUGCAGAGAAUAAAAAAAAGAAAAACAAGAAAAAACAGAAUGAUACCAAAAAACAAGAAAUAAAUAGUGGUGGUGGUGAUAGUACUGGCAAUAAUAAUACCUCAACGAAACAGAGUUAUACUUCUGCAAAGCAAAGUUCCGAAACGAAAGAUAAAAAAAUAAUCGUUCCUGUCAUCGAAACUGAUACGUUUAAUCCCGAGUUCACAUUUGAUAUUGAAGGUGGUAGUGCGCUUGCUGGUUUAAAACAGACUUGGGAUUUUGCGGCGGCGAAGGCUGCGUUGAAACUUAAGAAUUCGACACGCGUAUCAAUCGAUGAAAUUAUUGCAAAGAUAAAGGGCGACAAGAAUGGCAAUGCGAAGAAAAGCAGUACAGUAUCAUCCAAUACAACAGUUUUGGCAAAUGGAAAAAACAAAAAGUCUACGUCUUCUACAAAUGGCAAAUCUUCAUCAAAAAAGAAAAAAGACAACGACGAUGAGAGGGGUGGUGUAGCUGCUGAUGGAUUUGGUGGCGGUGUCAGAUUUUCUAACGACAAAGAAGAAACGGAUGACGAUGAUAGUGAAGAAGCAGCAAUAAGUAGUGACGAAGAAUCAGAUGAUAAUAAGGACGACUACAUCCAAGAAAAUGAUGAUAUUACCAGCGAAGAAGAAAACGAAUACGAAAAAGAACGCAAAAAAGCUUUUUUUGCCGAUGAGUCAGAAUUAAACCACCAAAGCGACUUAAUCGACUCAUUUCAAUCAAUGAACCUAUCACGGCCAAUUCUCAAAGGUCUAAGUCAACUAGGAUUCGUGCAACCGACUCCAAUCCAAGUGCAAACAAUUCCUAUUGCAUUAAUGGGCAAAGACAUUUGCGGGGGUGCAAUCACUGGGUCUGGCAAAACUGCGGCGUUUAUUGUACCUAUUCUCGAACGGUUGUUGUAUCGGCCAAAGCAAAACCAGACCAUAAGGGUCUUGAUUCUCGCGCCAACACGUGAGUUGGCGAUUCAGUGUCAUAGUGUAGCAACAAAGAUCGCCUCGUUUACGGAUACUACGUUUUGUUUGUGUGUUGUUCCUGUUGUUACACAGCUCAGGGAGUGUGUCGUUCCCAGGGUAUGGGGUAUGGGUGUCGUUCCUCGUGGUUUAUCUUUAAAAAUACAAGAAGCAGAAUUAAGACAACAGCCUGAUGUAGUAAUUGCUACACCGGGUCGGCUUAUAGACCACAUUCGUAAUUCUAUAUCGUUUUCGUUAGAUACUAUUGAAAUUCUAAUAAUAGAUGAAGCUGAUAGAAUGCUAGAAGAUGGCUUCUCAGCCGAACUAAACGAAAUCAUAAAAUCAUGUCCAAAAUCACGACAAACAAUGUUAUUCUCUGCUACCAUGACCGACAACGUCGACGAACUUAUCCGACUCUCGUUAAAUCGUCCAGUGCGAAUAAUGGUCGACCCUGCGAAAGCGACCGCCCCGCGACUCACCCAGGAAUUCAUACGAAUAAGAAAACAUCGUGAAGACGAUCGACAAGCUAUAUUACUGGCGCUUUGUUGUCGUACUUUCAAGACCCGCGUGAUCAUUUUUUUGAAGAGUAAGGCGUUGGCCCAUGAAAUGAAGAUUGUGUUCGGGUUGAUGGGGUUGAAAGCGGCCGAGCUUCAUGGAAAUCUUUCACAAGAGCAGCGGUUGGAAGCUUUAGAAGCAUUCCGUGAUGGGAAAGUGGAUUUUCUUUUGGCAACUGAUUUAGCUUCUCGUGGAUUAGAUAUAAAAGGAAUCGAAACGGUUAUAAACUUUGACAUGCCACAAAAUUAUGCACACUAUCUACAUCGCGUAGGUAGAACAGCUCGUGCUGGCCGAAAUGGACGAUCCGUCACACUCUCCGGCGAAUCCGACCGCAAAAUUCUCAAAACAAUUAUAAAACACGCGACCACCAAACAACAAAUAAAACGUCGCGUCGUUCCUAUCGAAGUAACCACAAAAUACAUCAAAAAAUUAUCCAGUCUCCGCGAAAAAGUCGCGCAAGUCCUCAUGGAGGAGAAACAAGAGAAAGAAGUACGACAGGCGGAAAUGGAGAUCACGAAGAAUGAGAAUCUGUUAAAACAUGAUCAAGAGAUAUAUAGUCGACCGGCGCGUACUUGGUUCCAAACGGCAAGAGAGAAGCAGCGCGCAAAGGAAGUUGCUCAGGAAAAAUAUAAAUUUCAGAUUGAAAAUGGUGUUGAUAGUAACAAUAGUAAAAAACGAAAACGUGAUAAUGGGAAAAACGCGAUCGCAGCAGUAAUUCCAAAACCUAAAGUCAAACGAGACAAAUAUUCAGGAAUGUCGCGUGUUAAAAGACGUCGAUUGCAAUUCCAAUAA